UGCUUGAUUGCGCGUUUGUGCUUGUGUUUUUGUCAGUCAAUCAAUCAAUCCAUCAAUCAGGAUCGAUCAUACAUAUGGAUUGAUUGACGUACGUAUACGUACACGUGUUCAAUCCAAUGCAUGUCGUCUCACAAUAUAUACCGCAUCAUUCGUCAGACCACAUACAUACAACAUGCAUCAACCAACAUGACUCUCUGCACACCGUCAUUCGAUGCCCUCAACCAAAAAAGCCGUGACUCCCUCAUUCACUCACUCACUCAUUCACGUUCAUGCCGUCUUGUCUCCGCCGCCGCGGCCCCUGAUGUCGUCCAUGGCCUGCUGGUCCUGCCUGUACUUGAUGACCAUGUCCCUCCUCGUCUCCAUCCGCUGUCGCGUCUCGGUGUCCUUGACCGUUUGCCGCACCCCUGACGCAACCCGCUUGAUGUUGCGCUUGAACUCGUCGGCGCCCCAAAAGCUGCCCUCGCGGUCCUCCUCCCAGGACGAUGACAGAAUGCCGUAACUCACACCUGAACAAAACAACAGAAGACAGACAGACAGACAGACAGGCAGGCAGGAAGGAGGGAAGGAAGGACGGCCGUCGCAUUGUGAGGGUCCGUGUGUCUGAGAGGGUGGCCACUCACCGCCGAGUGCGAGUAGGAAGCUGAAUUGUGUGAUGUAUGCGAUGAUGCUGGGCUCGAUGCGGUAGUCGAACUGGCUGUAGAGCAGGAAACCGCCGAUGAAUGUCGAAAAGGCGAAGGCCAGCGGGGUGAGGAAGAAAGGAACUAUCCGUGAGAUGAUGCGCUGAGAUACCACCUCGGGCAUCGUACCUACAGGCAGUCACAAUAGAACAUUUGUUAAGCGGCGCACCAGUCAGCUGUGCCUGUCUGUGUCAAUCGGCACCCAACCCACCCACCGACCUGCAUUGCCGUCUUUGCCGGCCUCCCUGAGCUGUUUGAGCCUCAUCUCGUAUUCUUCAAACUCCUGCAGCUCCCUCUCGUCCUUGGAUAUCUCCAUCAGCUGCAUCCGACGCAACGCCGCCUUGCCAACCUCACCAUCACCAGGUGGCGGCACCGUCCCAGCCACAGCAGCAGCGUCAUCCUUCCUCCUCACCUUGGGCUUCUUCUUCUUGGUCUCCACAAAGCCCUGGCCUGCCUCAUACUUGGUGCCGGGCUCUGCUCGCCGUGAGCUGAGGAGGUGGCGCCUGUGGAGGGAUGUACUGCGCAGGGAGGGGAUAGAGAAGGCGGGUGAUGCUGCAGGGGAUCUGAUAAAGGCUGUGGCUGGCGCGGAAGACGAGAUGAACGAGACUAUGCUCCAGAUCACGUACAUCAUGCCGAUGGUAGGCGAUGCCUGAUCAGGGCGGCACCUUCUCAGCAGCGCCAGAAUGCUUCGACCUCAG